ACAAAGUGGGCGUGUCCUUUGCGCCAAGCCCCGCCCACUUAUGUGUAAGAGAGCAGUACAGCAGUCUCUGCCCCAAUUUUCAGAAGUUAAAUAUACGUUUUUUAAACACAGAUAGGCUCACAAAAAUUUGGACUUUUGUGCAAAAUUGAAAAUGGCCCUUAGUUUUAGCGCACAGCAGUUCGAGGGCCGAUUCCAGUCGAAGCGGCUCAACAACUGGGAGUACCCGCGAUUCUCGCCACCCCGUCCACGUGGACUGCUCAAGAACGCCAAGGUUGUGGCCGCCCCAAACGGCCACCUGCUGCCCGGAGUGAAAAAGGAGGGCAACCCCUUUGGCCAAUACCGCGGAACGUACGAGCUGCCCCCCAGGAUAACGCGUGCCUUCUGCGCCCACUACGAUGCCUGUCUGAGUGGGCGGCACAAGUUCGCUGCGUAUCCGCGUGACCUGUGCUGCUGCCAGCGGGAGAACCGCAGGGCACUGGCCUGCGACCAGCGGACGGUGCUGGGCCACGAGGCCGAUCCCCACUGGAUGCGCCAGCGGUGCCAGACGAAGUGCGAGGGUCUGGAGCAGCUCAAGGAGCUGAACGAGCGCAGCUUGCGCUGCAAGCGGGCCAAGUGCCCAGUGGUGAUCGAGAAAACCGUGCGGAUGCCGCCGAAGGUGAUCACGGCGACGUGCGUGGCCACCGAGAAGCGGCGGCGAAGGCACACCAUUACCGCCUUCGCCAAAGGACGACCCGCCCUGUAUCCCAAUGAACUGACCCUGCCGCAUUUCACGGCGGAGAAGCCGCCGCCGGUGCACGCCACUGCCAGCAAGCCGAAGGACAAGCCAAAGGACAAGGAGACGGGCCAGAAGGAUAAGGAUAGGGCGAAGGACAAGGGCAAGGAGCGCAAGUUGGCAAAGGGCCAUUCGUAGCAAUCUGUUUCGAGAAACCCCAAAAAAGCUAAUUCCAAUUCCAUGUAAAUCACUGGGCGAAUGUUGCAAAUACAUUUUAAGGGGCAGCACAACUCAUGGCAUAUAUCUAUACUUUAAAGCACACACCUCAGGGUAAACCAUCUUCAUCUUCAAAUUCAUC